UUAACGCACGCACAUCGCCACCCCACCCACACCCAAUCUCUACAGAUUUCUAGACAAUUAACUCACCGUCUCCUCCGAUUCCCAAGUCCCAGCCACCGAAUCUCUCUUCGAUCCCAUUUCUUCCCGAUCAUUGCCGCCGGUCGCUGCUCACCGGCGCUCUAACCCACCUAAUCUUCGUCCCCACUGCCACCCGAUUCCCAGCGCAUCCGCAAACCCGAGCCGCUGGUCCUCGCCGCCGCCGCCGCCGUCCGGAGCAAGAAAAGGCCGUAGUUUGGAGCGGCUAGAGGUGGGUGCCUACCGCCGCCGGCAGUGACGCACCCCCGUGCCUUUUCUCGGCUUCCCUCCUUAUGGCGACCGGGGAGCACCUCACACACGCGGGACGCGCGCGUGGGUGGAUAUGCGCCGGCCGGCCGCCACGGUUGUGCUCGUCCCAGUGGCGAGCGAGCGCAGGCAGGGGGCGAGCGAGACCAUGGCAGGGGGAGCGGCGGAGCUGCACCCGUCGUCCUGGUGGCUGCUGUGGACGAGCAGCGCGGGCGACGGCCGCGGCCGGCGGGAGAAGGUCCCCCGCGGUGCAGGCAAGACGGUGGCCAGCAGAUCGACGAGGGCGCCGCAACCCAAGGCCCCAUACCCUCCUCCCCUGUCGAGGAACGCCUCCUUCCGCCGGUGGUUGAGCAGGACACAAGUCGACGGCGUCCAGGACUUUGUGCGGCACCAAAUCGUCAGCAAUGAUCCUUCGGGCUGUCAGUCUCCCAGCAUCGCCAUCGUUCAGGUUGACAAAAGUACCGCUGGGCGCCCACCCCUCUGGUGGAGGUUGCCAACGUUCAGGAGACUGUGGGUGUGUCUGCACCCAAAGGAAGGUUUUCGUGCCUGGUACCUGAUGGGCACCAUCUGUCCAGCGGUGGGCACCAUCUGCCCGGUUGCUCGACCAUGGAUGCCCAGGACUUCUUUGAGCAGUGGCCACUGGGUGUACAUGAUGGACAGCAACACCAUCAAGUACGACGUCAAGGAACACUUGAAUAUGCUGCUGGUUGAGAUGUGUGAUUUCCUUUUCAAAACAUGGGCAUAUGGUCUGUAUUGCAUGAAGAAGGCCGUGUAGCAAUGCAUCAAGACGCUGCCGACUGCUUCCCCGCACUCGUGGCACCGGUGAUGUCUCGCCUCCGCACGAAGGGGGGCCGUCGGGGUGCGCCUCCAUCCACUCGCCGCCUUCAACGGUUGGGCGCGGCCGCCGGUAGAGAGAGAUCGAGCGGCGCUUGCUAUUUUGGGUUUGGGUUCCUCCGGAGCCACUCGCCCGGGUGGCACGGGAGGCAGGUGUUUCCUCACUCCUUAUCGAAAAAGGUGUUUCCUCACAAUUGACAUUUGAUUAUGCAGCUUUGUGUGUGCCCCGGCCGGUUGGUUGA